AUGAUCUGGAUCAUCCUGGCCCUGCCCAUGUGGGCGUGGCGUGGGACUGUUGGCGAUGCCCAGGCUAACGAGCGGCGAGUCGUGGCACACAUCCCCGGUGACAUCAUCAUAGGAGCCCUGUUCUCUGUCCAUCACCAGCCGACAGCGGACAAGGUACACGAACGUAAAUGCGGCUCGGUGCGCGAGCAGUACGGUAUCCAGCGUGUUGAGGCCAUGCUGCACACUCUAGACCGUAUCAACGCUGACCCCCGUAUCCUCCCCAACAUCAGCCUGGGCUGUGAGAUAAGAGACUCCUGCUGGCACUCUGCUGUGGCCCUGGAGCAGAGCAUUGAGUUCAUACGAGACUCCCUGGUGUCCUCCGACGAGGCCGAGGUGGGGGGAGGCAGUGUGUGGGGGGGCGGCGGGGGAGGAGCCGACGGGAGGGGAGGGCCGAGGUGUGCGGACCAUGCUGCAACCCCCAUGCGGGGGAAGAAGCCCAUCGUCGGGCUGAUAGGACCAGGCUCCAGCUCUGUGGCCAUCCAGGUCCAGAACCUCCUACAGCUCUUCAACAUACCCCAGAUCGCCUACUCUGCUACCAGCAUGGACCUCAGUGACAAGAGUUUGUAUAAGUACUUUAUGAGGGUGGUGCCAUCGGAUGCUCAGCAGGCCAGAGCCAUGGUGGACAUUGUCAAGAGAUACAACUGGAGCUACGUCUCUGCCAUCCACACCGAGGGUAACUACGGGGAGAGUGGGAUGGAGGCCUUCAAGGAUAUGGCUGCCAAGGAGGGCAUCUGCAUCGCCCACUCUGGUAAGAUCUGGAGCAACGCGGGGGAGAAGAGUUUUGAUAGGCUGCUGGAGCGUCUCAGAACCCACCUACCCAAGGCCAGGGUGGUAGCCUGCUUCUGUGAGGGCAUGACAGUCAGGAACAUCCUCAUGGCCAUGAGACGACAGGGACUGGUGGGGGAGCUCCUACUGGUCGGCAGUGAUGGCUGGGCGGACCGGUACGAUGUGACAGAUGGGUACGUGCGCGAGGCGGCGGGCGGAAUCACCAUCAAGCUGCAGUCAGCUGAUGUGAAGUGGUUUGAUGAGUACUACCUGAAGCUGCGGCCGGACAACAACCUGAGAAACCCCUGGUUCCCUGAGUUCUGGCAACAUCGCUUCCACUGUAAGCUGAAGGGACACCCACAGGAGAGCCUCAAGUACAACCGCACCUGCAGCAAGCGGGAGUCAUUGCGACAGCAGUAUGCCCAGGACACUAAGAUGGGCUUUGUGAUCAAUGCCAUCUACUCCAUGGCCUAUGGGCUCCAUAACAUGCAGCGCUCACUCUGCCCAGGGUACCAGGGGCUGUGUGAUGCCAUGCGGCCUAUAGAUGGUGCCACACUGCUGGACUUCCUGAUGAAGACCAACUUCACAGGCGUGUCUGGAGAGGGCAUCCUGUUUGACGAGAACGGAGACUCACCCGGCCGAUAUGAGAUCAUGAACUUUAAGAAGAUGGGACAGGACUACUAUGACUAUAUUAACGUAGGGAGCUGGGACAACAGUGGGCUGAAGAUCGAUGACGAUGAAAUCUGGGCCAGCAAGGACACCAUCAUCAAAUCAGUCUGCAGCGAACCCUGUGACAAGGGACAGAUAAAGGUGAUCCGAAAAGGAGAGGUGAGCUGCUGCUGGACCUGCACUCCCUGUAAGGAGAAUGAGUUUGUGUUUGAUGAGUACACCUGCCAAGCCUGUGACCUGGGCUCCUGGCCCACCUUCCACCUCACAGGCUGUGACCCUAUCCCAGUGGAGUACCUGCGUUGGGGGGACCCAGAGCCCAUUGCUGCUGUGGCAUUUGCUUGUUUGGGACUCUGUGCCACAUUCUUCGUCACCUCCGUCUUCAUCAGGUUCCGGGACACUCCGGUGGUGAAGUCGUCCAGCAGAGAGCUGUGUUACAUCAUCCUGGCUGGGAUCUGUCUGGGCUAUCUCUGUACCUUCAGUCUCAUCGCCAAGCCGCACGCUGCACACUGCUACCUACAGAGACUGGGCAUAGGCCUGUCCCCUGCCAUGAGCUACUCUGCCCUGGUCACCAAGACUAACCGUAUAGCUCGUAUCCUGGCUGGCAGUAAGAAGAAGAUCUGUACUAGGAAGCCCAGGUUCAUGUCUGCAUGCGCCCAGCUCAUUAUCGCCUCUCUACUCAUCCUGCUGCAGCUGGGCAUCAUAGUGGCUCUCUUCCUCAUGGAGCCCCCACAGGUGAUCCACGACUAUCCCAGCAUCCGGCAGGUCAAUCGCAUCUGUUACACCACCAACCUGGGCGUGGUGGCGCCACUGGGUUACAAUGGCCUGCUGAUCCUGAGCUGCACCUUCUACGCCUUCAAGACGCGCAACGUCCCGGCCAACUUCAACGAGGCCAAGUACAUCGCCUUCACCAUGUACACCACCUGUAUCAUCUGGCUGGCCUUCGUGCCCAUCUACUUUGGCUCCAACUACAAGAUCAUCACCAUGUGCUUCAGCGUCAGCCUCAGUGCCACUGUGGCGCUCUGCUGCCUGUUCGUACCCAAGGUGUAUAUCAUCCUGGCCAAGCCAGAGCGUAACGUACGCAGUGCUUUCACGACGAGCACGGUAGUACGCAUGCACGUGGGUGAUGGGAAGUCCUCCUCAGCCGCCAGCCGCUCCUCCAGCCUGGUCAACCUCUGGAGGCGACGCUGCUCCGCUGGAGAGACACUCAGUUCCAAUGGGAAGUCAGUAUCCUGGGCCCAGACGGAGCGGGGUUCCCGUGGAAACCACCUGUGGCAGCGCCUGUCGUUCCACAUCAAGAGGAAGGAGAACAAUCAGACAGCUGUCAUUAAGCCCUUCUCCAAGACCCCCGAGGGGCGCUACAGUGGGGGCGCUGACCUUCACCCCCACAUGCCGUCCCUCCCCCACUCCCACUCCCACCCUGAUGCAGACAAGACCCUGUACGAGCUCACAGAGGCAGAGGAGAGAUACGCCGAGGAGAGAUACCCAAUUACCUACCGGCCACAGACCCCUUCACCAAUCAGUACUGUCAGCCAGCACCUGCAUGGGGCGGGACUAAGGGAGGAGCCACUUGUAAUGGGUGUACCGACCUCCCUGACCGGGGGUUCUGUCGGCGGGGGCGAUGUGUUUGACAGUUCUCUGAUGGAUCAGAUCAGCUGCGUGGUUAACCGUUUCACUGCCAACAUCAGCGAACUCAACAGCAUGAUGCUCUCCCCGUCUCCCACACACUCACACACAUACUCUCACACACACACCCUGACGCCCUCCCACCCUACAGACCCCUUCCUCCUCCCCCGCGAGAUCCCCCUCCCCCUCACCAUGACCACAUACGCUGACGUCCAGCCCCUUCCCCCUGUCGAGUCCUACGGAGGUGGACACGCCAGCCUCACUCACCCCCUGCCUCACCCUCGCCUCCUAACUCACCCUCAGGCCUCCCACUCUCCGGUGCGACACCUCACUGUGGGAGUGGAGUCCCCUCUAAGGAGGGCAGAGCUGGAGGAGGAGCUAAUGAAUUUGACCCCGCCCUCACCCUUCCGUGAUUCGCUGGGGUCAGGAAGUGGCUCCCCGGUCUCAGAGUCCACCCUGUGUCUGCCCCCGCCCUCGUCCCCUCCGCCCAAAUACGAAAUGCUGACCCUGAGAAACUACAGCCAGAGCUCUUCCUCACUGUGAGAGAGAGAUGAGAGGCAAUGAGGAGAAGAGGAGGAGAGUGGAAGGACAGAGAAGGAGAGGGACCCUGGAAAAAACAGUCUCUUGGGGGAGAUAAUGGUGAUGGCUACCUUGUGAUAGUGGGAGGAGAGGAAGAGAGGAGGAGAGUACAAGACGAGGAUGAGAGGAAGAGAGGAGGAGAGGACGAGAAGAGGAGAGGAUGAGAGGAAGAGAGGAGGAGAGGACGAGAGGAGGAGAGGAAGAGAGGAGGAGAGGACGAGAAGAGGAGAGGAGGAGAGGAAGAGAGGAGGAGAGGAUGAGAAGAGGAGAGGACCAGAGGAGAUUGACCAGUCCCUUAGAGAGAUGAAAGCCUUGUAUUGGCUAGGAGGGACAGGAACAGGACACAUCAUCGUGUGAUGUCAUAGGACGGUGACCUGCAGUGUUUGUGUUUACAUGUGUUCAGUGAGCAGCGAGGUAUAACGUGAUGAUUGUAUUUUUUUGUUGUUGAUAUUCCGGGGUGAGAACAAGGACUACAAAAAUACUUCUAGUGUUUUGGUGUUCAAACGUAUGGCCAGAAGUCUCUCCAUAGAGGUGUGUUUGGUCAUUCUUUUGGUAGUGGCCUUAAACUAAAAUGGCUGUCAACUAAUUCGAGAUGUUUAUUGUGGGCAGCAUGGAGGUAGGGACACAUGUGGACCUACUGAGUGUUAAAGACACCUCACAGGACUAACCAGCUGCUGCCAUGGACACACAUGGAGUAACCAUAAGGGCAGAGCAGCUAUGGCCACUGGCACACCAACACACACACGCACGCACAACUGCACACACACACACACACACAUAAACACACUCACAUGCAUACACACAUAAACACUUGCAUAUUGGCUGUUGUAGGGGAAAGUGUAAAUACAAAAAUCUCUUGGAUGGUAUUUUAAUAGCAGAUUAUUCUGUUUAUACAUACCAUGUAUAGUAUGAAAACCUCCAGUGGGGUUCGGACUUCUCUCUCGCUGUAUGGUCUGAUCUGAGUGCACUGUGUGUUUAAUCUUUCUAUUGAUUUAACAGAGCCCUUGCUGUUCACAUUCACACAGACUAACUAUCGCCUCAGGGUCUGGAGCAGUAUUCUCUCUCUCUCUCUCUCUCUCUCUCUCUCUCUCUCUCUCUCUCUCUCUCUGUCUCUCUCUCUCUGUCUCUCUCUUUCUCUCUCUGUCUCUCUAUCUCUCUCUCUGUCUCUCUCUCUCGGUCUCUCUCUCUCUGUCUCCCUCUCUCUGUCUCCCUGUCUCUCUCUCUGUCAAUCUCUCUCUGUCUCUCUCUGUCUCUCUCUCUCUGUCUCCCUGUCUCUCUCUCUGUCUCUCUCUAUCUCCCUGUCUCUCUCGCUCUCUCUGUCUCGCUCUCUCCGUCUCUCUCUCUCUGUCUCUCUCUUUCUGUCAUCAGUUAUUUUCUGCUUUUUGAGGUCUUUUGUACUAUUGUUUACUUCAGAAGAUUGAAUGUAAAAUAUUUUCUAAAUGAUUACUGAAGUGUUGGGACCAAACUUUCCACACCUGAUUUAGCCCUGAUUUAGCCCUAGAGCUAAGAGGGCCAGAAUGAGAAUAUUUACCAGAUCCCCAGGAAUUUAACAGAAAUGGAUCCACUGCUGGCAUAAGAAUGUGUCUGACUUUGUAGCAGCUUGGUAUUUAUUGUCAUUAGUCUUGUUCUGGAGGCAGCUCUGCAGAGUGGUCACUAGCUGGCACAGCCACAAGCAGGUUGACCUUUUUUGUCAUUAGUCUUGUUCUGGAGGCAGCUCUGCAGAGUGGUCACUAGCUGGCACAGCCACAGGCAGGUUGAACUUUAUUGUCAUGUGUCUUGUUCUGGAGGCAGACCUGAGGGAUUUCCCCUUAGGUAUGCUAGCUGCAAAUUUGGGUUUCAAAUCCAGAACAAGAUUCAUGACCAAAACCACUAACCUGCCAGCCACAAAGUCAUGAAAUCUGAUUUCAAACCUAACCAUAACCUUAACCUUAACCCUAACCUUUACCACACUGCUAACCCUAAUACAGAACCCUAACAUUAAAUUAUGACCAAAACGUUUUUAAAAAAUCAUUAAUUUAUACAUUAUUGCCAAUUUUGACAGGGCCUUCUUGCAGAAAUUGCUCAGUUCUGCCUCCAAGGCAUGAUACAUGACAAUAAAUGUCAGUCUGUGACUUACCCAGAGACCAGGUUCUCUCAGACAUAGUGGCUCUGUACAUAACAAGGGCAUGCAAUGACAGAUCCUACAUUUUUCCAUUUACAUAUCAAAAAGGUAGAAAAGGAAAACACUGAUUUACAAAAGGAAAUGUUUUUUAAAUUAUGAUUAUGUUAUAACAUAUACAGUACUAAUCUGAGGGAGAAAAAAGUGUUACAUUGAAUGUGAGAGUGUAUGUUACUAUUCAAAUGUCUAGUAAUUAUAUUACAAAAAAAUAAUUAUACGUUAUAAAUACAAAAUUCAUCAAAAAUACGAUUGUGCCAAAGGGUGAGGUCUUGGGAUAGAGGGUAGCUUGUUGGGAAAUAAGUGGUUUCGUAAAAGUAAACUGUUUUUAUUGUUUUGGAUAUUUUCUAUAUAAAUAUAUUCCAGAUUUUCAAAUGUAAAGCAAUACUACCCAUACACAUACAUGACGCACAUCUAUACUGGGUGCAAGUCACACUGUUGUCCGGAGUAACCCAGUCUCCUAUCACAGCUAUACACACCCCUCUCCCUUCUAAAUACAUCUCUAAGAAACCAUUCAUCCCAGAACAGUUCCAUUGACCUAGGACCUUUAACAAUGUUGAGAUAGAGAGCUUUCCUGUGGCUAUGGAGGGUAAUUCAUCUGUGUUUAUGAUGAGAUGGCACAGUAGUGUGAAGAGUCUUGUUCUGUGUGUGUGUGUGUGUGUAGCAGCAGGUGGACACAGCACUUUAAAUCCAUGUUGCCCCCCUGGGCUGCUCUGAGGUACUCUACCCUGCUGCCUUGACAGAAACACAGGAUCCACAGGUAACUCCUCAUAGGGUAACGCCUCAUAGGGUAACUCCUCAUAGGGUAACUCCUCAUAGGGUAACUCCUCAUAGGGUAACUCC